AAUCGUUGGCUUAGCCAUUUCGUUAUUUAUUAUUACAAAACAUGAAUAAAGCCUCACGUAUUUUCUGGCCCGUGCUGGUCACGCCUAAAAAUGCCAUUGUAAAGCACACAGAGCAAUUGUCGCGCAGUCAAAAGCUGCUAACAGAAAUGGGUUUGGUCAAACCAGGCAGCAAUGGUACGUUCCAGAUCAUGCCGAUUUGCCAACGCGUACUGGACAAAUGCACAGAGCUGGUGCAACAAAAUAUGCAAAAUGCCGGAGGUCAAAAGAUAACACUACCCAUACUUACGCCAACACAACUAUGGAAGAAAACCGGCCGGCUCGAUGGCGACAUCUCUGAGUUUUAUAUGGUGCGGGAUAGAAGUGGAAAGCAGUUCCUCAUGAGUCCAACCCACGAAGAGGCGAUAACUGCAAUGUUAGCCACCAACGCACCCAUUUCGUAUCGUCAACUACCCCUGCGUCUCUAUCAAAUAGGACCCAAAUUUCGGGAUGAGCUGAAGUCACGAUUCGGCUUAAUGCGUGCCAAGGAGUUUUUGAUGAAGGACAUGUACACGUUUGACCUCUCCACUGAAGCUGCAAAAGACACAUACACGGCAAUCAGCGCGGCAUAUGACCACCUUUUCAAUCAGCUGGAGGUGCCCUUUGUCAAAGUAAAUGCAGCCACUGGCAUGAUGGGCGGCAGUCUAUCGCAUGAGUAUCAUUACAUAUCAGCUGUAGGAGAGGACACGUUGCUGCAAUGUCAGGUUUGCAAUUAUGCCGGCAAUGCUGAAAUAUUGGGAGAGACAGAAUCAGCCGAGAGUGCUAAGUGCCCCAAUUGCAAUGGAGUGAAUUUAAGUCAAGUGCGUGGCAUUGAAGUCGCGCACACGUUUCUGCUCGGCGACAAAUACUCUAAGCCACUUGGUGCUACUUUCCUAAACACCGCCGGCAAGCCAGAGCCCCUAAUAAUGGGAUGUUAUGGCAUAGGAAUAACACGCGUUAUUGCUGCAGCCCUGGAGGUUCUCUCUAGUGAACAGGAAUUGCGUUGGCCCAAGCUGCUGGCGCCCUUUGAUGUCUGCGUGAUUGGUCCCAAGCAAGGCAGCAAGGAACAGCAAGUUGCGGAGAGCAUAGAAACCGAAUUGCUAUCGCAGCUCACACAAAUUUGUCGAGCUCAAGACCUAUUGCAUGAUGAUCGCAAGGAUUUAACCAUUGGCAAACGUUUGCUAGAUGCCAAGCGACUCGGCCAUCCUCUAAUCAUUGUGGUGGGCGCAAAGGCCGCACAAGCAGAGGCGCCCAAACUAGAGAUUCAUGUUAGUGGAUCAGAGAAACAGGAUCUCGACAGAGAAGCAGUAUUAAGGGUAGUGGCAGCGCAUAUAAAACGAAAGCGGAAACUCCUGACUUUCACUGAUAACACAGAAACGGCACCUGCAUCUAUGAAACAGCAGAGUGCAUUAUUUAACUAAUAAGUAGUCGUACGGUUGGACAUCUACAUUAGCUUUAUGCAAUAAAGUUAACAAUAAC